AUGGAUUCACUGACUGCACUCCUACCCACUGAUACAAUACUCACUUCCGCACACGGCAACGCUAUUCCGACAACUUCGUCAUGUUACGCUUCGUCUUCUGUUGCCACUUCAACCCAUCUCCCGAUGCCAUCUCUAAUAGGUUCUGCUCGAGUUCCUGCCUUACUCCCUCCACAUGCGAUGUCGGACUUAUCGCCGACUUCAGGUGGCAUCGACCGAUAUCCUCAAUUCAGCGAGCAGUAUUUGCAAGUAAUUCCAGAGGUUAGUUUCAUGAUGUUGAAUCAUUUCUUCUUACUUCCCAUUCCCUCUCCCUCGUUAGUGGUCUGUUGA